UUUUUUUUUUUAAAUUUAGUUUUAUUUAUUCAUUAAAUCAAUCAUUAAUGAAGAAGAUGAAUCAAGCAAGAUUUUGAAUAUGGCGGCAACUAAAACCUCACGAUCCGGCGGCGGAAGCGGUGGCGACGACUAUAUGUUUCGCGCCAGCAAACGUUUAAAAACGGAAACUAGCGGUGGAUUAGCAAGGUUCAAAGGUAUCGUGCCGCAACAAAAUGGGCAUUGGGGCGCUCAAAUCUACGCCAACCAUCAAAGGAUUUGGCUCGGUACAUUCAAAUCGGAGAACGAAGCAGCGCUGGCGUAUGACAGUGCGGCGAUCGGACUUCGUAUUGGAGAUCCCCAUCGGAAUUUUCCCUUGUCCUAUGAUAACAUCCAAGAACCUAAUUUCCAAAAUCUUCACACCACUCGAGAUAUACUGAACAUGAUCAAAUCCGGUUCUUACCAAUCCAAAUUCGCUGAUUAUACCAAAUCAAGCGCAAAUCACAACAAAAACACGAUCCACAACGACACAAAAUUCGCAUGCCAACAACUUUUUCAGAAGGAAUUAACUCCAAGUGACGUCGGAAAGCUUAACCGUCUCGUGAUCCCUAAAAAACAUGCCGUCAAACACUUCCCGCACAUCGAAAACGAUCACCAAACCUUCACCGCCGCCAAUGGCGGUUGCGAAGACGUCGAGCUUGUUUUCUACGAUACGUCGAUGAAAAUGUGGAGAUUUCGGUACUGUUACUGUAAGAGCAGCCAAAGCUUUGUGUUUACGAGGGGAUGGAACCGAUUCGUGAAGGAUAAAAAGCUGAAGGAAAAGGACGCCAUCGCGUUUUACACAUGCGAAUGCACCGGCGAGAUCGAACAUGGCCGGGGUUUCUUCUUGAUCGAUGUGAAUUAUAACGGCGGUGAUGACGAAAAUGGUGGUCGCAUCGAUGUGUUUAAGAGAUUGGGAUCGUCAUCGGUUCUUCAUCAUCAUCAAGGUGAGUUGCAUGUGGAAUUGGAAUUGAACUUGGGGACGAAUAUUUACUGCAAUUUAGAUGAAAAACACAAUGAAAAUUGUGAAGACCAGGGUCUCAGUGGAUUAAAAUCGUCUUCCUCCCAUAGUAUGAAGGAGAAAAGGAUUACUUUAUUUGGAGCACGGAUUAACUGACAAUUAUAGUAUUAUAUAUUUCGGACUUUUUUUCCCAAAAAAGAAUUACUUUAUUUGGAGCACGGAUUAACUGACAAUUAUAGUAUUAUAUAUUUCGGACUCUU